AUUACGCCCAUCCAUCCGACCGCCCGCCCACUUUCCUCCCCUUCCAUCUCUCAGCGCAAUUUCCGGCGGUAGUCCGGUCCUCCUGAAACCCAAAUUAACACCGAGGCGCUCAUCUCGAAUCUUAACCGUGGCUCUACUUUCCCCAGCUAUGGCUGCUAGGAGGGGUAAAGUGGCCCGCCGGUUUUCAGACACUUCCCUGGAAGUGCUAGUAGCGGCGGUCAGAGCCAGAGCCAAAGUGCUUUUUCCCCGCUCUGGGAAGAAGGUUCACAGCAGCUUAUCUAAGAAAGCGUGGCUGGAAGUGGCCGAGGAAGUCAGCAGACUGAGCAUCACCCCCAGGACCUGGAUUCAGUGCAGGAAGCGAUUCAAUGAUCUCACUCGUUCAGCCAGAGAAAAGGCAGCGCACAACAUGAGGGAAAGGAGCAGAUUAGGUGGGGGUACAACUGAUGUUGUAGCUCUCAGCCCCGUAGAGCAAUCAGCGAUGGACAUCAGCGGCACAUCGAAAGCGAUCAGCAUUGGAGAUGGCGAGGCCGGCGGAUUCUCCAAGCAUGCCGACUGCUUCACCAUCGUGCCUCUUCACAUGGCCCAGGCGAUUCCUGUCAGCAUCAAAACCUCGCCCAGUCCGCCUCCUCCUCGGGAAGUUUUCGAAGAGGAGCCUCCGGAGGAGGACAAACCCGCGGCCUCCCUCCCGAGCGGUAGCGCUGAGCUGGCCGAGCUCGAGCAGGAUAAGAGCGAGGCCGAGGGCCCGGCUCCGCUCAGCGGGACGGAGCGGGAACGGGAGGGCCCGGAGAUGUCGCGCCGGCGGGUCUUACCUUCCCCCGGUCCCGCCGACUGGGACGGGGACUCGGACCUGCGGGACCCGGCCAUCAAGAGGAAGAUGCUGGAAGCUCACCAACGGCUGUACCAGGUGUUGGAAGGCCUGCCGAAGACUCUGAGCGCCAUGUCCGAGAGCAUGGAGGAGAGCACCUCCGCCAUGUGCGGGGUGGUGUCGCACGUGGUUUCCACUCUGCAGUCCACCCUGGAAAGUACGACCACCCCCCGGGAGAGUACGCUGGCCGAGCCCCCUCAGCCGGAGACCCCGUCGCCCACCGUCAACUCUUUGAUCGAGGCUCAAACGGCCGCCAUCCAGGCGCUGGGCGCCAACGUUUGCUCGGCCUUGGAGAGGAUGGCGGGUCAGCUGGACACCCUGGUGGAUCGCGUGGACCGGGGCUUCGAGACCGUCUCCCACCUCUUGCGGUCCGCCCUGCCUCAGACGGGCGGCAGUGAAGAGACGAAGCCCCGCGCGGGCCGCGCCGGCGCGAGCUGCCCUUUCCCGCCAAAUCCUCUGCCUUGCGCUGCCCCGGUGUCAAACCGUCAGCUGAGCCAGGGGGCGCUGCAGCCGGAGGGCACUCCCCCGCGAGCGCGCGCCCCCAGGAGCCAACGGUCUCCGCGAGCUUGCCAGGAGGCGCCCGCUAAUUCCUGCUUGACGGGAGGAACGUCUCGUAGGAGUGGCAAAGUUGGGCUUUCACAUUGACCAGGAACCAGUUGAUAUCAGAUAGGAGUGCAACCGCCACUGAGAAUCAUUUGGAGGAGGAAGAGAUCCAUUAUAUUGCUCUGAAUCUAUCUCCAACAAAUCCAACACGUAGUGCGGCAUGUCAAAUUGUGUAUGCAUAGGUUUGGCCGGGAGCCCUGUUAAAAAAAACCUAUCAUCACCAUCCAGCUGUAUAUCAAAGUGACUGAAAACAGAACACAACACAAGCACUUCACCAAUUUUGCUGCAUUUGUUUUUGUUCAAAGCUUUUAACAUUAUCUUGGCAAGAGGUUAGAACAAUGCCUAGCAGAUUUUUAUUUACUGACUAGGAAAUGUUGACAUUGAUAGUUGCACUGCUCAACAUGAACUGGCUCGUUAGGUCAAGAAAAGCUUUGGCUUUCGGACAUUGGCCUGAGCUAUGUGAGGCUUGGACAAACACAAGGGCUGGUCCCAGUAUUCCUGGACUUGGGAGGGACCAAGAAAUCACCCAGUCAUCGUUCCCACUGCUAAUUGCAACCCAGGUCAUUUACCAACAUCAAUUAGAACAAGACUUGGCUCCACCUUUUGAUCAGAUAGCUUUUGAGGGUCUACUACUCUCGUGUGCAACAACAUAGCCAUUUGGCUAAGGCUCACCCUGGCAUCAUCAGGUGCCCAUCAUAUGGUGGAGGUUGGUUGGGUAAAUGGUUUACUUACCACCUUGGGUGUGUUACUUGGUGGUGGCUCAUCUGCAACGUGGCCACAAUUUUGGGAGAGGUAAACUGGAAAUCUUAUGCAGUCACUCCAUCCAAGCAAGGAUCAACGUCUCCAGUUGUGGAGAAAAGGAAAGGAUGCAGAAAAACAAACAAUUGGUCUGAAAAUAUGAAGGAAUGUUGGAACAGUGAAUGCACUGUUUCAUUAUCAUUUGGAAAGGGUUAUUUGAGGAUGUUCGUAAAGUUAACAGCACUCAAACCAGGAAUUUUUAAUCUAGACUUUUUCUAAAAGAUGUUCAGAAAGAUAUUUUGGUUAUUUACUAAUUAGUUUAAUAUUAAAGAAGGUACAGCAGUGGAACGUCAUUAGAGCUGUAGACUAGACUGUGUCAUUGCGAAAUAAAGAGAAUCACUUUGAUACUUAAGUUUCUGUUCUCUGUUGUGGAGAUUGGAAUCAAUGGUCAGUUUAAUUCUGUCAUGGGUUGUGGGUGUCGUUGGCCAGGCGCCAAUUUCAUGCCUAAGAGCAUAAGCAAUAAUGACAGGAGUUGGCCAUGCUGCCUCUUGAGCCCACUCUGUCAUUCAGUGAUCCACUUCAAAACCAUUUUCCUAAACGUAUCCCCAUAUCCCUUGAUAAUGCCCCACUAUUUCAGGGAAUGAGGGGGGGUGCGUAGGGGAAUGGGGAAUUACAGACCUGUUAGCUUUACUUGAGUGAUGGAGAAAAAUACCAGAAUCUAUUAUAAUGUGAUUGACUCUUAACUGCCUGGCUAGCAAUGCCCACAAUCUGUGAGUGAUAAAAGGAAUGAAUAAAGGAUGUGGUAAGCACUUGCUAUCACUUUGGCUUUGACAAAAAUAUUAGGAGCUUUUUGAAGAUGUUUCAAAGUUGAUAAAGGAGAGUCAACUGGCAUAGCAUAUGUAGAUUUUCAGAAGUCUUUUGUUUAAGUCCUUCACAGGAGGCUGAUUAAAAAUAUUAAAGCACUUGGGAUAGGACUUACUGUACAGGCAUAGAUUAAUGAUUAGCUAAGAGACCUAGGAACGGCCUCCCCUAACAUUCAGUGAGAUCAUGGCUGAUCUGUGGCCUGACUCCAAAUGCUUGUCUUUAGCCAUUAUCCCUUAAUACCUUUGUUUAACAAAUGUUUACCUAUCUCUGAUUUAAAGUUAAUAACUGAUCCAACAUCCACUGCCAUUUGUGGAAGAUAGUUCCAAACAUCUAUGACUUUCUGUAUGUAGAAGUUCUUCCUAAUAUCUCUCCUGAACUCUCCAUCUGGUCCUAAUUCUCAGAGUAUGCCCCCUAGUUCUAGAAUCCCAAAUCAUUGGAAUUAAUCUACCCUGUCUUCUUUUUAAUAUCAUGAGGACUUUAAUCAGAUCACCCCUUAGCCUAAAUUAUAGAAAAAAAAGGCCUAAUUUCCUCAUAACUUAGCCCUUGAAGUUAAGGUACCAUUCUUGUCAACCUACAUUGUACUCCCUCCAAAGCCAAUAUAUCCUUCCUAAGAUGCGGUGUCCGGAUCUGCCCGUAGUGCUCCAAGUGGGGUCUAAAGUGCGGCAUAACUUAUGCACCCUUGAGUUCCGGUCCUGUAGAUAUAAAGGCAAGCAUUCCAUUAGCUUUCUUGCUUAUUUUCUGCAUGUGAGCCCCCAAGGGUUGAACAUCCACAGGGUUUAACUUCAUACCACCUAGAAAAUACCCUGAUCCAUCUUUUCUGAGUCCCAAAUGUAUAACCUCACACAUGCUUACUUUGGACUCCAGCUGCCACCGUUUUGCCCAUUCAUUUAGCUUGUCAAUAUCUCUUUUAAUUUUAUGUAUCAUCUACACUGUCUUCAAUGCCGCCUAACUUUGUGUCAUCAAUAAAUGUGGAUAUUUGAAUUGUCAUUAUCCAAGCCACUGGUAAAUGAUGUGAAUAAUUGAGGCCCUAACACAUAUCCUUAUUGGGCACCACUGCUCACAUCCUGCCAAGUUGAGUACCUGCCCAUUAUCCCUACUUUCUGCCAUCUGGCACUCAACCAAUAUCCCAGCCAUGUCAGUGAUUUACCCUCAGUUCUGUGUACUUUUACCUUUGUUAACAACCUUUCAUGUGGGACUGUGUUUUGGAAGUCCAUAUAAACAGUAUCCAAAGACAUUGCCCUGUCCAUUUUUCCUCAACCUCAAUUUGGUGAGGUUCAAUGGCAGAAAACAGAGUAGGAAUAAAUGGGUAGUCUCAUAUUCUCACAUUGGCAGCUUGUAACUAACAGGGUGCCAUAAGGGUCAGCACUUGGGCCCAAAUGUAAUAUUUUCAAAUUUGCAGAUGAUGAAAAGUGGAGGGGCUUUUGUGGUGCAGUGGCAUUGACCCUGCCCUCUGGACUAAGAGGCCUGGGUUCAGGUCCCACCUGCUCCAGGGACAUUAAUAUUGUCUCUGGACAGCUAUAAAAUGGCUUCAGGAGGACUUAGUGAAUGGAUAAGAGAAUACCAGAUAGAAUAUCAUGUGAAAAAAUGUGAAGUUAUCCACUUUGGUAGGAAGAAGAGAUUAUUUUUUAAAUGGGAAGAGGUUGGAAUGUGUCAGUGUAUGGAGGGACCUGUAUGUCCUUAUCAAUAAGUCAGUGAGCUGGAGAAACCUAUUAAAAAGGACAGCACGGUGGCUCAGUGGUUAGCACUGCAGCCUUACAGCACCAGGGACCCAGGUUUGAUUCCAGCCUCGGGUGACUGUCUGUCUGGAGUUUGCAUGUUCUCCCUGUGUCUGCGUGGGUUUCCUCCGGGUGCUCCCUUUUCCUCCCACAGUCCAAAGAUGUGCAGGCUAGGUGGAUUGGCCAUGCUAAAUUGUCUGUAGUGUUCAGAGGUGUGUGGGUUAUAGGGGAAUGGGUCUGGGUGGGAUGCUUCAAGGGGCAGUGUGGACUUGUUGGGCCGAAGGGUCUGUUUCCACACUGUAGGGAAUCUAAUCUAGUCUAGUCUAAAGAAAGUUAAUGGAAUGCUUUCUAUUAUUGCAAAAGGAUUUAAGGACAAUGUAGUGAAAUUUUGCUUCAGUUGUAUAGUAUUGUUAGACCACACCUAGCAUGCUGUGUGCAAUUUUGUUCUCCUUGUCUCAAGAAAGGUAUUGUUGCCAUAGAACAAACUUGUUCCCAGGAUAGUGGGAUUAUCCUCUGAAGCAAGAGAGGUUAACUGAGCUUGAAUUCUCUCGGGCUUCAAAGAAUGAGGUGUGAUGUCAUUGAAACUUACAAAAUACUUAAAGCGAUAGGCAGGGUAGAUGCAGGUAAGAUAUUUCCCCUGGUUGUGUAAUCUGGAACCAGGAGGUGUAAUAUUGAAAAUAAGGGGGAAUGCCUAUAAAGUCUGAGAUGAGGAGCCAUUUUUGAAAUUCUCUGGCACAGAGGGCUGUGGAAAGUCAGCCUUUGAGUAUGUUCAAAGUAGAGAUUAACGGACUGAUUACUAGUGGCAUACAGGAUUAUUGGGAUAGGGUGGAUAAAAGGCAUUGAAGUAUUCAAUUUGCUAUGAUCCUGUUGAAUGGUUGGACAGGCUUGAUGGUCUGAAUGGCCCACUCCUGUCCCUGUGUCUUUAGGAUCUAAAAGAAAUCUCAAUGACUAUCUGUCUUAAACGUGCUCAAUGACUGAGCUUCCACGGGCUUCUGUGACAGAGAACUCUGAAGAUUCACCACCAUCUGAAUAUGAAGAAAUUCUCUCCAAGCUCGGUCCUGAAUGGUCUCUAAUUCAGAGACUGUGUCCUCUGGAUCCAGGACCACCUAGCCUGGGGGAAACAUCCUUCCUUCAUCCACCCUUUUGAACCCUGAAGAAUUUUAUGUUUGAAUAAUAUCAUCUGUCAUUCUUUUAAACUCCAGAGAAUUGCCCCUGAAAAGGUGGCAGUCAGUUGCUUUCUUAAACCUCUGUAGUCCAUUGUUGCAGGUACAUCUACUAUACCCAUGGGAUAGGAAUUCCAGAAUUUAGAUUAAGUGACUGUGAGCUAUAGCAGUAUGGUUCCAAGUGGGUAUGGACUACUAAAUGAAGUGGAACUUAGGGGCAUGAUGUUGCCAUUGCAUCUCCUCUUUCUAGGUAGAGGUUGUGAGUUUGAAAGCUACAGUCUAAGAGUGUCUGGGCAAGUUGCUGCAGUGCAUCUUGUAAGUAGUACACACUGCUGCCACCCUGGUGGAUGGUGCGCCAGUCAAGCAUGCUACUUUGUCCCAGAUGGUUUCAAGCUUCUUUGGUGUUGUUGGUCCCAUCCUCAAUUAGGCAAGUGGAGAGUAUCCCACACACUCUUGAGUUGUGCCUUGUAGGUGAUGAACGGGCUUUGUAGAAUGAGCGGGUGAGUCAUCGCUCCACUAAAUUCUCAGUCUCUGAGGGAGUAAUUUACCUCCAGCCUCUCACACAUCUGACUGAUUAAAGGUGGGCACUGAAAAUUUAUGCCAUCAACCAGUUGCCCAACACAAGUAAAAUGUCAGCUGUGACUAAGUACCUUCUACUGAUCAAUUUAAUAAGCAUCAGACAUGAGGUUUUCCCACAGUUCUUCUGGUGUUUUUUUACACAAAUAGAAUGAAAUUGAUCAAAUGAGCAUGAAAUAUCAUAGAUUUUCAAGCAUUUGGUUAUAUUUCAUGCAAUUUUCUGAAAUUUCAUGUCACCGCUUGUCACUUUAUAAAGCAUCAUUGUUGGAAUGAUGCCUGCCUGUGAAACCAGCUACAUUUCCAGGACGAAUCGUACAUCAGUGGGAGAUCCCACUAACUGUAUAUGGUUUUAAAGAAGCUCUGAAAUUUAAUAUGCUUUUGGGGUGUAAGGCCACUCAAGACACAUAUUAAAAACCUUUCAAUAUAUAUUUUAAAAUUUGCUGGGGAACUAUCCCAACGAAAUUGCAAAUGGAUCUGUAUGUUUUUAAGUCAUUUUCAUUCAUCAAUAAAUACUUUUGUUAAAGUCAUGCAUUUACAAUAUGGUUAGGGUUAUUUACUUUUAGUGGAGAAACCACAUUUCAGUUGUACUAAACUGCAACUUAUUAUUCUUCAAUAUAUCAAGGAAUAUUUUUAAAACAUUAGCUUUUUUCAAAGAGUUACAGUUGAAAUGCCAAAUUGAGAGUUUGGGAUAGAUUUGCAUUCAGUUUUUCAAAAAAUUCACUAGUGGGGCAUGAGUACUGGUGGUUGGCAGUUAUUGCCCAUCCCUAGUUGCCCUUGAGAAGGUUGUGGUGAGCUGCCUUCUUGAACCACUGCAACCCGUGCACUGUAGGGUGACAAUGUUGUUAAGGAGGGAACUUAGGGAUUUUGAUCCAUUGACACUGAAGGAACAAAAUGCUGGAAUUGAAUUUGAAUGACAACUCUGAAAACAAAGGGUUUCUCAACUCUAGUGCAACAUUGGCUGCAAGUUGCUGAUUGCACCCAUAGCAGAAAUUCUCUUCCUUGAUUUGUUUUGGUCAGUCAACUUAGGCUUUCAGCUAGCCAACUCAAAGCAGUGCAUUCUGUCAUAGAGCGGUCUUGCAAAAGGGUUGUUUUUGUUGAAAAAACAUACUUUUUUAUCUGUCAGAUUCCUUUGCAGGCUCACAGUUUCAUAGAAACAGAAAAUAGGAGCAGCAGUAGGCCAUUUGGCCCUUUGAACCUGCUCCACUGUUCAAUGUGAUCAUCCAACUUAGUACCCUUUUCCAGAUUUAUCCCUAUACCCUUUGAUGCCUUUAGCCUGAAGAACUAUAUCUAUCUCUCCCUUGAGAACAUUCAAUGUUUUGGCCUCAACUGCUUUCUGUGGCAGAUAAUUCCAUACGCUCACCACUUCUUGGCAGAAGAAAUUUAUUUUCAUUUCAGACCAAGUGGGUCGUUCUGUGCUAUUAACUUAGGGGUCAGUUAGCUCAGUUGUCUCAAUGGCAUUGCUGCAAUGCAAAGUAAUGCCAACAGCAUGGGUUCAAUUCCUGCAUUGGCUGAAGUUACCAUGAAAGAUUCUCCUGCUCAACCUCUCCCCUUGCCUGUGGCAUGGUGACCUUCGUGUUAAUACCACCACCAGUCAUGUCACAUUAAUGAAAGAGCAGCCCUUUAGUUCCCAUAUGAUUAAGGCACCUUUAUCCUUAAACUGUAACCCCUGAUUCUGGGAAAAAAAACAUUUUCAUAAGCAUGUUGUGAGCUUAGAUAGUGCGGAUUGUUGGUUACAUUUCCUUUACAGCUUUUAAAGGCCAUCGUGCUAUUGCUAAUGUCCUAGCUGUGCGCAUCUUAAUGGUUUUGCUGAAGAGAAAACGUAAACAGAAGUGUAACUGACAUUUCCUUCCUUAAGCCGAAUACUGCUGAGGCCUGUCCCAGAGAGCUCCACUGCCCACUAUAACCAGUCAAUGACUAUAUCUGAACACAAACAGAAAGGGUAAUGGAAACAGAUACAGUAAUGACUAAGGAAAUAUGAUACAUGAACAAUGAAUCAAAUAGCCUUUACUUUUUUCUUGGGAUGUGGAUGUCACUGGCAAGGCCAGCAUUAUUAAGGUUAUUAACCUUAUUUAUCCCCCUCAUGAUUUUGUAAAAUUCUAUAAGGUCACCCCUCAGCCUCCGACACUCUCAUGAAAGAAAUUCCAGCCUAUCCAGCCUCUCCUUAUAACUCAAACCCACCAGUCUAGGUAACAUCUUUGUAAAUCUUUUUUGUACCCUUUUCAGUUUAAUAACAUCUUUCCUUCAGCAGAGUGACCAGAAUUGUCUGCAGUACUCUAAAAGUGGCCUUACCAGUGUCUUUGUAACAUUACAUUCCAACUCCUGUAGUCAGCACUCUGAACAAUGAAGGCAAGUGUGCCAAAUGCUUUAUUUACCACCCUGCAUAAGAUAAUCGUGCACAGCAUUGUAGACAUUGUAUUACCAUGGAUCGAGGAUUGGCUAACUAACAGGAAGAAAAUAAUGGGAAUAAAUGAGUGUUUUUCUGGUUGGCAAUCAGUGACUAGUGGUCUGCCUCAGACAUCAGUUCUGGGACUGCAAUUGUUUAUAAUUUACAUGGAUGAUUUGGAGUCAGGGAACCACGUGUACUGUGUCAAGGUUUGUCGUUGAUACUAAGAUGAGUGGUGGGGCAAAGUAUGCAUACGACUCAGGAAGUUUGCAGAAGGUUAUAGAUGUUUACGUGAGUGGGCGAGGGUCUGGCAUAGAAUUCAAUGUUGAUAAAUGUGAAAUCAUCCAUUUUGGCAAAAAUAACAGUAAAAGGGAAUAUUUUUUCAAUGGUAAAAGAUUGGAGCAUGCUGCUCUGCAGAGGAAUCUGGGUAUCCUUGUGCAUGAAUCGCAGAAUGUUGGUUUGCAAGUACAACAGCUAAUUAAGAAGACAAAUGGAAUUUUGUCCUUCGUUGCUACAGGGAUUGAGUUUAAAAGCAGGGAGGUUAUGUUGCCACUGUAUAGGGUGCUAGUGAGGCCACACCUGGAGUACUGCAUGCAGUUUUGGUCUCCUUAAUUGAGAAAGGAUGUACUGGCACUGGCGGGGGUGCAGAGGAGAUUCACUAAGUUGAUUCCAGAGUUGACAGGUUGGCUUAUGAGGAGAGAGUGAAUAAACUGGGAUUAUAUUCAUUGGAAUUUAGAAGAACAAAGGGGGAAUCUUACAGAAACAUACAAAAUUAUGAAAGGAAUAGGUAAGAUAGAAGCAGGGAGGAUGUUUCCACUGGCAGGUGAAACUAGAACAAGAGGGCACAGGCUCAAAAUUAGGGGGACCAGAUUUAGGAUUGAAUUGAGGAGCAACUUUUUCACCCAACAGGUCGUGAAUCUGUGGAAUUCUCUGAGGCUUCCUCAUUGGAUGCUUUUAAAGCUGAGAUAGAUCAUUUUUUAAUUGUAAAGGAAUUAAGGGUUAUGAUGAAAGGGUGGAAAAGUGGAACUGAGGCCAUGAAAAGAUCAGCCAUGAUCUUAUUGAAUGGCAGAGCAGGCUUCAAAGGGACAGAUGCCUUGGUCCUGCUCUUGGUUCUUAUGUUCUAUGUUCUGCCUACCUGUGACACCACUUUCAGGGAACUUUAUACUGCACCCCAGGCCUCUGUUCAACAGCACUCCCAGGUUCCUACCAUUAAUUUUAAAAAAUCUUCCUGGGUAUCUUUGUUCCUAAGAUGGCACCAUAAGUGACAAAUUGUGAACUUUUCACUGUAGUUAUUUCAGUACAUUACAAUAAAGCUAAUUCAAAUUGCCGCUCAUUAUUAGGCCUUGAACUGAAUGGCUUACCAAGCCAUUUCAGAAGGUGGUUAACAUGCAGCCACAUUGCUGUGGCUCUGGAGUCUGAGUGGGCCAGAACAGGUAAGGAUGACAAAUUUUCUUUCCCUGAACGGGAUCAGGUGGGUUUCUGGCAGUAAUCAAUGAUAGUUUUCUGGUCAGCAUGAGAGAGACUAGUUAUCAAUUGUAGGUCUACUAAUUGAAGUUGAACCCACUAUCUCUAGACCAUUAGGGAGCUCUGGUGUAUUGAUCCAAUGACAUUACCACUUUGCUACUGUCAUCCUCCGGGUCAGUUUAUGAGCUAUGAUCUUUUUAGCUGACAAGGAAGUAUGGACGAGAACAUGGCAAGGAAGUAACUGAGGGAAAAAUGAUUAAAUAAAAAAUUGUGAUGUCCAGCUAUGAAAUGAUAAAACAAAAUUUGCAAAAUACCUCAUAUUUAUUAGAAAUUUUAUACUGACAUUUAAAGUUUAACAAUAAAUACAUUGCUGAU